CUGUUCUACUAGUGUUUUAGAAAAUGGCGUGUGGACACUGUUUCAAUACAUUCCGGAGCCAGAAAUAGAACCAACCAACCAACCAACCUACUAGUGUUUUGUUCGCUGCCGUGACGGUCAGAUGUGGUUUCUAUAAUUGCGCAUAUUUUUGAUCGUAGGGGUUGGCGUCAGCCUGGGGUUUUCCAGCGCACAAUCAUUUAUUGAAUGAAUGAAUUUUUUAUCGUGGGGACUGCGUACGCGUUAUCCCUGUUUUUCUUUUACCUUCAUAAUCAUUGACUGGCGUAGGGGAUAGAGCGUAACAGAACCAUUUAUUGAACCAGAACCAAAACCAAUUUUGUUCUGCUGAAUACAGCCAUUUACGACACAUAGUGAUACAUCGAUAGAAACAUGAAGAAUUUGGUCGUUUAUCGACAAUACCGCAAAAGUUUGACGGUUUUAGAAGAUAUUGAGCAAGGCAGCUGUGAAUUUUCGAACGUAUGUUCUUGGAAAUGCACUGUAAAUCCAGUUAAUGAGGAUUUAUAUAUUCUGUUGGGUACUCGCCUCUUCAUUGUACCAGUUUAUGACAAACAUGAUAUUAACGUUCACGAUGUCACAUACAAAGACUCGAAGGUUGUUGGAUUCGAAUAUUCCGCUGCAAGGCAGCAGUUAUAUUGUGCAUAUGACAAUGGUGAUAUCGCUAAAUUAGAUGUAACAAGUAAAUAUCCGGAAUAUUUUGAUUAUGAAAUAGUAGCGUCUUAUAAUGGCCUAAAGUGUAUGGCACUUAGUCCAGAUCAUGAGAUCAUGACAGUGGUGACAGGCAAUGGAAUUCUAAUUACGAUAAUAUCAAAUCAUUUCCUCGUAAUAUCACAGGUGGAUUUACAUUCGUCAGAUUUUGGAAAGAAACAAUUCAUAACUGUUGGUUGGGGCAAAAAGGAUACUCAGUUUCAUGGUUCAGAAGGUAAAGCAGCAGCUAAAGCCAAACCAGAACAAAUAUGUGCAAAUGAAUCGGAUGAUGGUAUUCCCAAAAUUUCUUGGCGAGGGGAUGGUGCUUUAUUUGCUGUCAGUUUUCUACAUGCUGCAACUAAAAUUCGGCAGUUUAAAAUAUUUGACAGAGAAGGUACCUUGCAAUAUACUAGUGAACCAACCAAUGGAUUGGAAGAAUGUUUGGCAUGGAAACCAUCGGGAAGCCUGAUUGCUGUAUCUCAGAGACUGAAUAACAAACUUAUUAUAGCACUUUUUGAGAAAAAUGGUCUUAAACAUAGAGAGUUUUCUCUUCCUUUUGAAACAAAGGAAGUAACGGUGAAAGAUUUAUUUUGGUCACCAGAUUCACAGGUGUUGGCUGUCACCUGUGAAGAAUCAGACACAAAAAAUACCAUUUUACAAUUGUGGACUGAAAAUAAUUAUCAUUGGUAUCUCAAACAGACUAUCAUUUUUUCUGUUGAUAAUCCAUUGAUAUUUGCAACAUGGAGCCUCACAAGGAGAUAUAGUGUUACAGACUUGAUUCUUGUAACAAGGAAAGAAAUUAUAUCUUACUCUUUCAAUUGGUAUGUAAAUCACAGUAGAGGCAAAACUGUGGAUGACAAAGCUGUGGUCGGUGUCAUUGAUGGGAAGAAAAUAUUAAUAACAAGUUUCAAAGAAAAAGUUAUACCACCACCAAUGGCACAUCAAUAUUUGCAAGUCAAAGAAGCAGUGAACGCGAUUAUUUUUGCACCAGAUGUCACGGACAAGAAAUCUUGGAUAAACAGCAAUAUAUUUUGCACUGUCUCUUGUAAUGAUAAUUUAACAUUUUUCAGGCAAGACGCGGAUUCACCCGCAACGUACAAAGUUUUCAAAACAUACAAUCUCCGAGACGCACAAGAUUCUGACAAUGAUAUGUUGAAGAAAAUUGACACCUGUAGUGUUUACACCAUGCAUCACUUCUUGUGGCACUCUGAGGAUAUUAUGCUAUGCUCAAAAGGUACUUUCUUGUGCAUUUUGUCUCUGGCUGAUAUGAAUUCCGAGGAAGAGCAUAUAACAGUACAAAGCACUUACAUAGUGGAUGAUCCGAUAGAGCAUAUCAUCCCUUCUCCUGACGCAAGUGCAGCUUAUGUGAUAACAAAUAAGUCUGUGUUGAUAUACACCAUAGGUAUAGGGCUGGUUCCAACGAAUAUAAAAUGGACAGUGCCAUGUUGCCAUGUGGAAGCCAUAAAAAUUGGCUCCAAACACUUUAUUAUCGGCCUGUCUCAUUUUUAUCGCUUUCUGAUCGAUGGUAACGAAGUUUGCAAUAACAUUAUAAGUUUCUACGUACAUUCUGAAUUCUUGCUUCUCACAACGCUGCAGAACACGUUAAUUUGUAUCCCGUUGAACGAAAGAGGUAUGAAGCAACUGAGAAAGUUCGAUUUAACCAUCAAGCCUUGGAAACACACCGAUAUGCCGUCGUUUGCAGAUAUCAAUAUCGGACGGGUCGAAAGCGGUUCAGAAAUAAUUACAGCAGUAUCGCGAGACUCAAAGACGAUUUUACAGAUGCCCCGGGGUAAUCUGGAGUGCAUAAAUCCGAGACCAUUGUUACUGCGCAUAUUAGGCUUUCACCUUGACGACUGCGAUUAUCGAACAGCGAUCGACUUCGUGAAGAAGCAUCACAUAAACCCGAAUUUAAUAUACGAUUAUAAUCCGCAGUUAUUUAUGAACAACGCGGAGAAAUUCGUGGAAGACAACGGGCAAUCAAGUUGGUUGUGCCGCUUCUUGUCGGAGUUACAGGACGAGGACGUCAGCGUUACAUUGUAUGCGAGUUGUUACCAAGAUCGCAUCAUGCGGUCGAACGCGAUGUCGAGAAGCAACGAGCCAAGCGUCGAGACCAAAGUAGACAAAAUCUGUAGAAGAUUAAGAGACGUCAUGGAGAAACGAGAUGACGCGAGUGACCUGAUACAACCGAUUUUGCUGAGUCUGAUGAAGAAUAAGCAAGGUGUAGGACUGCAACUGGCUCUCGGGAAGCUCAAAGAGGUCAUAGCAACAGAGGACUCGGUCAUGAUCGAAAGUGCAUUCGCGUGCCUGCAGUUUGCGACGAACAUGCGCGUUAUGUACGACACCGCGUUAGGCAUGUAUGAGUGCGAGCUGGCGAUGUUCAUAGCGUCCAAGUCGCAGAUGGAUCCCAAGGAAUAUAUCCCGUUCUUGAGGGCGUUGAGCAAGCUGGAGGAGAACUUCAUGAAGUAUUCAAUCGACAUGCAUCUUCACCUCUACGACUCCGCGCUCGUACACUUGUCCAAAGUGCCGGGCAAAUUUGAGGAAUGCUUGAGUCUGAUACGUGAUCACAAGUUGCACGCAAAGGCGAUCCAACUGUUCGAGCAGGGUAGCGCGGAGUACAAGAAGAUUGCUGAGGUUUUCGGGGAGCAUUUACUGAGCAAGAAGAUGUACUCGGAAGCCGCCAUUAUGUUUUGCAGAAGCGAAGACUUUCAGAAAGCCUUGGACGCGCACAAGUCGGCUGGCAAUUGGCAAGACUGCAUCAUAAUGUCGACAAAACUGAACUUAAGUCCUGCAGAUUCGCACGAGCUCUACAGAGAGAUAGUGGAGCGUCUGAAAGCGGACCGAAAGUAUCAAGAAGCAGCGGAGGUGUUAAGGUAUUAUUUAAACGAUGCCGAGGAAGCUGUCGCGUUGUUAUGCGAAGGAAGGUGCUGGAAACACGCGAUAAGGAUAGCGCAUGACGUUCGACGUCUAGAUCUGAAUGACACACACAUCUUGCCGGAAGUGAAAGAGCACGCAGAGCACACGAUGACACAACUGCAUAAAGCCACAGAAAAUUUCGUCAGGUACAAGUCGCGACUCUCCACAGUGAGAGCCGAGAUGAGUGCGAGACAAACGUCCGCGACUAACGAACUCAUGUGUCACGAUGAGCCGACGCCCAUCAGAGAAGUCACGGACUUCCUCAGCGACGCGAGCAGCGUUGCGGGCUCCGCCGCUAGUCAAAGGUCGCGGAUGUCUACGGCAUCCGGGAGGAGCUACCGAUCCAGUAAAAACCGCAGGAAGCAAGAAAGGAAGCUCUUCAGCUUGAAAAAAGGCAGUAUGUUUGAGGAUCUGGGCUUGAUUCACGCGCUUUAUGAAAUCAUCAGCAACACGUGCAAACGCAGAGAUGAGAUGUCGGAGCACGUGAAAGCGUUGGUUCACUUUGGACUCGAUGACUAUGCGGCGGAGCUGCAGGAUAAGAUGCAGCAAUUCUUCAAAUUGUUGGAGACCAGCAAAGCCGAGAUAUGGGACAGGUCGGCGCCCACGAGCUUAAGCGAGAUGGAAAGAAUGGCAACUUACGCACCGGCGCAACUUCAAGAAGUGACUGCAUAUCUUAAAUUAGUAGAUACGUAUAUAACGCAUCCACCACCAGAAAGUAAUUUCACGUCGUGCAUGUUGGAUAUUUUUUAAAGAAACUUUCUACCGUCUUCUACCGAAGAUCACGUGAAAUAUUUUAUAAAUGAUAUUGUAUUUUGCGAAAAAGUCAUUACUUUUGUCGUUAAUAAAUGGUUGAGAUUAAGACACUAAAGUAGCAGUUGUGAUUUC